AUGUCAGUUGAGUUGGCGCCGAUCGAACUACCAGUAAAUGAUGAUAACGUAGAUAAUUCGCUUGUUAACGGAACAACAGUUUUGCCACAAGAACAUUCAGAGAAUGGAGUGGUCGACUAUGUAGAAAUACCACAUGAUUUAGUUGUAAGUUUUAAUAUAUUAGUUGAUUUGAUGUUUAGGUGGAGAAUAAAUUAUUGCGGAACGAACUAGACACAGUCAGAGCUCACAAUGAAGCGUUGGAGGAUAAUAAUUUGGAUUUGAGAGCUCAAUUGGCAGCUAAACUGCAGACGGAGAAGGUAAGAGAUCAAGUUUAUAUUAUUUUAGGUAUCAAUUUCUGGAAUUCUUAGCUUUAGAUUAAGAAUUAAUGUAUGUUUGACUAAAACACGUAUUAUUGUAUUGUUUAUUUUGUUUUUAGGAAUUGCAAGAACAGCUUAAGGUAUUAAGUCAGUUUGCCAUCAACAGUGGUUCUUCACAUCAGAAGCAAGUUGAUCUUCAGAGAAUGUACGAUCAAAUGUGCUACAAAGACACGAGGAUUGUUGAGUUGAAUAAUAUUAUAAUGGAGAAGGAAAGACAGAUAAUGGACCUUCAGGAAAUGUGUCGAGAACAGAAUCAAGUCGCCGAAGCCAAGAAUCGAGCUAUUCAAAUUGUCAAUAAACGCCUCAAGGUAAGUUUAAAAAGUAUUUUUUUACAUUUCUCCAGGUUUUUAUCUAUGACAUUUAGAAGUAGUUUGGCAAGCUUUUCUUUUUCAGGAAUUAGACAACAGAAAGUUUUGUGACGCGUCUACAGAAACAGAUUCUUCGUUUGGAUUCAGAAAAGAAAGAUUUGUAAAUGGGCGAGACAUUUCACCAGGAAGAGCUGUACCACAAUUUAAACUUCACAGUAGGUUCUUAAUUUUAUGGUUAUUAAGCUUUUUUUAAGAAUUUUAAACAAGAUUUAUUUUUUUAGGUAACAACCACUCUCCGCCACCAUUGGACCCUUCAGAAGAACAAUCUAGUUUUGUGACAGAAACAGAAGCUCAACUUGAAGAUGGUAUAGAAGGAGAUCGUGAGCUUACUGCUUCCCCAACGCUGUCUGAAAGAAGAAGGUACCGAAAACGGGUAACGUUUGAUCUACGUGCCGCUUCUGUUCCUAAACGUAAAACUCCUCAACCAGACGGACAGCCAAUAGACCAGGAGACUCUGCUGGAUGACCGCGAAUCAUUGGCUCAAGCUGUUGUUGAUUUGAGUGCCGAGAACGACCAGUUGAGGAAGACGAUAUCAGAAAUGGAACAAUCUUUACAAGUUGGCAGCGAGUGGGAGGAUGGAAAAAUAGCUGCUGUAAGGCUUAUUUUGGCUUAUUAUCCAUUUACUGGCCUAAUUAUAUAUUAUUAUUUAUUGUACGUUGUUGCAGUUGGAAGAAGAAGCUGAAUUGGCUAGAAAAGAUGCCAGAAAUCAAGCCAUUAAGGCCAGAGCAGCAGCUACUGCACGAAUAAAGGAGCUGGAGACUAAACUUUUGGAGCUGCGAGUGUCAUCGUCGAAAGAGAUAGACAACUUGAAGGCCUCUAACGAUGUCUUGAAAAACUCGAGAGAGUGGGCUCUGAUGGAGAACUCGAAACUUUUGGAGCAAAUCACAAACCUAAAACAAAAGCUGAGUGAUCUACGUGCAGAAUUAGACUCUUCCAACACUGCCACAUGUGUGAUACGUCAGAGACUUGAAGCAGAAGAGCGACGGUACCAGAAUCUUACCGAAGAACUCCGUAACCUACAUCUCAUCAAUCAACAGUUGAAUGAUGACAAAAUAUAUCUUGUGAAUGAAGUUGAACGACUGAGUGAGGACCUGAAUCAACAAAUUGAUGUGGUCUCAGCUAUGGAAGGAGAUCUCAUUGUGUACGAAGCUCACGUCAGUAUAUUGAGAGAGAGUUUGAGCAUGACCAAGAAAGAGGAACAACAACUGAUCAAGUCCAAGGCUUUUGCUGCCAAAUUGAGUGCAUUGGAGCAAGAGAAAGCAGUGAUGUCGAAGAGAAGUAGUGGUAGGUGUUGCACUGAUUUGAAUAUUAUUUUACUUUUCAUCUUUUGGAUAGGACUGAUUUUUGCAAAACAAACUAAUAUACUAUCCUUCAGACGAAAAACUGCGCACUAAGGCUCUGAACGCUAAAAUAAGAGAAUUGGAAAAGGAAAGAGAUUCUUUGAUUGAAUCCAUCUUCUGUACCCAAUCCAUUCUGCAACAGUACGAGGAAUCCAAGUGUUCUGGGCGACGUACUAUGAAUAGCUCGUUGGACGGAUCUGAAUCUGGAGAACUCAAAAAACUGAAUAACACGGAAGACUUCAACGACACUUUGCCACGGUUUAAUGAGAGGAAAAUCAUGCAAAAAGCAGCUCAACACGACUUUAAGAAGAAUAAAAAAGAGAUUGACAGAGAAUUAGAAAAACAGGAACAAGAAGUAGAGCACGAAGAAGAAGAUAGUUUUGCAGGUCAAGAAGGAAAUGGCAUUGAACCGAAAAGUUACGAAGAGAUGAUACCUCCUUUUGCGGCAGCUGAAGUUGUUCCCAUAAUUCCGACUGAAAUCAAAUUCAGAACUGAUUCUGCUUUUAAACCUCCUACUAAGACUCAAAAUGUCGUUGAAGUAAACGACAAGUUACUUGGUAAUGUUAACAACUCUGUAUCAGACGAUGUUAACAACAAAACAUCACCUGAAACUGUAACUUUGAGCCCGGAGAAAGUGAUGCAUCUAAUACCUCAUGAAGUUCAAAUAGAAACUCUACCAGAAACUAUGGAUGAAGUAUUGGAAAAUUUGUCUUCUGAAGCUCAAGAUGAAGGUGACGUAGAGAACUUGAAAUGUGAAUUUAUUCAUGAAGGAGAAAUAUGUAAUGGGGAUAACAUAGGAUCGGAAUUAGAUGAUAAGAACGUUAAACAACAACAGGAAACUUACAAGGAAGGUCAGAAGCCUGAAUCUUCUGAAGGAAGAACUGAAGAAGAUUCACAACAGAAUGGUGACAACUGGGACGUUGAAGAACGGGAAUUAAGUGAUAUUCCUAAGAAAAAGGUAGAUAACAUUUCAUUGGGGGAACCGUCUUCUGAAAGACACUUAAAGGAUUUUCAAAAUGAAGGUACAUAUGAAGAAAAAAUCGAAGAAGCGUCACAACAGAACGAUGACAAUUGGGGUUGGGGAGAUGAAGAUUCUGCUGAUUCUGUUGAGGAACAAGAUAACCAACAAGCUCAAGACGAUUGGGAACGGGGGAGUGAACAACAAGAAGUGAAACAAACCCCAAAGAAAUCGGUAAAGAUGACUCCUGAAGUAAAACCAGCUUCAAAACAACAACAACUCGAUUGGGCGUGGAACGAUGGUGCAGGUAAGCACUUGGAGUUAUGUUUUACGGUUUAAUUAUGUUUCAAGAACACUCUUUUUAUAUUUUAAUCGUUUACGAUGGUAAUUUUAUGUUACUGUUUUAGCAGAUCAAUUAGAAGACAAAGAUGAAGAUGGUGGAGAUUGGGAAGACUGGUAG